AUGGGGAGAACGGCAGAUUCCUAUAAGUUCAUCACCAAGAUGCUGUGGUUUAUAAUCGUAGCAGUUACUUUGGGUAAUGCAGUGCAAGCUGACGAGAUCUGCUUCAGGAAUUUAGGCUGCUUUACUGAUGAUGUUCCAUGGGGUGGAACAAAGGAAAGACCAAUUAAAAGACUACCCUGGUCUCCAGAGCAUAUUAAUAUACGUUUUUUGCUUUGGACAAGAAGGAAUACGGAAACUUAUCAGAAAAUUUCUGCAGAAGAUCCUUCAACAAUCGAAAGCUCUAACUUUGACCUAACCAAAAAAACUCGUUUUGUGGUUCAUGGGUAUAUAGACAAGGGAGAGGAAUCAUGGCUGACUGAUAUGUGCAAGGCAAUGUUUGAAGUGGAAGAUGUGAAUUGCAUUUGUGUUGACUGGGUACGUGGUUCAAGAACUUUAUACGAUCAAGCUGUUAACAACGUCCGGGUUGUUGGUGCAGAAAUUGCGUAUCUAAUUGAAGUAUUAGAGAAAAAUUUUAACUACUCUCGUUCCGUGACUCACAUUAUUGGCCACAGUCUUGGCAGCCAUGUUGCUGGAGAAGCUGGGAGACGCUUGCCGGGGAUUGGAAGAAUCACAGGUCUCGAUCCAGCCAAGCCCUUUUUUAAGAAUACACCUAUUGAAGUUAGACUGGAUCGUUCAGAUGCUUUGUUUGUUGAUGUCAUCCACACUAAUGGUGCUCCACUGAUUCCUUAUAUUGGUUUUGGACUGCUUGAACCUGUUGGACAUCUUGACUUCUAUCCAAAUGGUGGAGAAUUAAUGCCAGGAUGUGACAAAAAUAUAAUUUCAACAAUAAUUGAUAUCAAUGGCAUUUGGGAAGGCACUCGUGACUUUGCAGCGUGUAACCAUUUACGGUCAUAUAAAUAUUACACAGAGAGCAUUACAACCAAAGAUGGUUUCAUAGGAAUUCCAUGCACCACCUAUGAUGAUUUUAAAGCAGGGAAUUGCUUCAAGUGCCUGCCAGAAGGCUGCCCAUUAAUGGGUCACUAUGCUGAUACCUUUCCUCUUGGAAAUGCUACUUCAGAGCCCAAUUUUUAUCUGGACACUGGCGAUGCUCCAUCUUUUUCACGCUGGAGAUAUAGAGUUUCGGUUAAAAUUACCUGUACACGGAAUAUCAGAGGAUUCUUCAAUGUGGCUUUAUAUGGUCCCAAUGGAAACACUCGACAAUAUCAAAUUGCAAAAGCUCUGUUGGAGAAUGGAAAAACAUUCAUAGCUGACAUUGAUGUAGAGAAGGACGUGGGGGAGAUUACGAAAGUCAAAUUUCUCUGGAAUAAUAAGGUACCAAAUGUGUUUGGGCCAGACGUUGGAGCAGAAACUAUAACUGUAUUAAGAAUAUAUGAUCAGAAAACCUUUAAAUUUUGUGGAUCUGGAGGCGCCAAUGAAGAUAUUCUGCAAACUGUUAUGCCUUGCUAA